ACGAACGGUUGCCUGGAGACAGAGCCAAACAAACCCGUCCUCACGGGGCCACGCUUUCAUCCUGAACACACACAGCAGCAAGCAGUGCUCUCUACUCGGAGGCAGUUCACCACACUGGUUUUUACUUACAGGCUUUCUGAGAAGCUUCUACAUUAUUCACACGGACAGAUCCUGGGAUGAUAUGAACACAGAACCAGUUCUCGGGGACUGUCUUCAGCUCUAAACCCGCUCUGAAACAUACAGAUCUAAUCACAGCAGACGCAAUGGUGAAGGGGAAGAAGAAAUCUAAUGAACCAUCCGGUAGAAAAAUCACACUCAAGAUGGCCAAGAACGCUCUGAAGGUGACGGUAGAUGGGAAGCGUCGCCUCGACCUCAGUAACAUGGCCAUCGCCACAUUCCCAAAGUGCAUCCUGAAGCUCUGCGACGUAGAGGAGCUGGACCUCAGCCGUAACCUCCUCAAGAAGAUCCCAGACACCAUCGACAAGUUCGUGAACCUCCGCUCGCUGGACCUGCACAGCAACCAUCUGGAGCAGGUUCCUGCGGCAAUCGGCCGUCUGCAUAACCUCUACAGCCUCAACCUGUGCAACAACCAUCUGACCAGCGCUGGCCUGCCGCAUGAGCUGGGGCUCCUGAGGAACCUCCGGGUCCUGAACCUGGGAAUGAACCACAUCGAGACUCUUCCUCCACCUGUGGCUGCUCUCAAAGAGCUGCAGGAGCUGGGGCUCUUCAACAACCUCCUCACACAUCUGCCCAAGUGCAUCCAAAACCUCCCAAAGCUGCAAAGGCUGAACGUCAAAGCCAACCCCAUCCCUCCAGCCCAGUCUCCAGAGGUGGACCGCAUCCAGAGAGUGGGGUGUCUGUAUCUAGUUCGGGAGGACUGUCUGUGCACUGACUGCCUCAAGAGAUGCAAGGAGGAAAGAGAGAAGCUAGACAGUCGAAUGAGUGCUGCGUCUACACUCAAGAAGUCCAUCUUUGCUGGGCUCAUAACGCCAAACUCUGUAGCACAGGAGAACCAGGCUAUAUGGAGGUGAACCUGUAGACUAGUCUAACGUGCCGAAUAAAUCCCGCCAAUCCCAAAUAUAGUCCAAAUCCAUCUUGUUGGCAUGUGCACUCUUAUAAAUGAAGGAUUGGCAUCUGAACUUUCUGUUCUGCUCAUAGUGCAAAAAAAAAUAAAAAUCUUUUAAAGGGAUAGUUCACCCAAAAAUGAAAAUUCUGUCAUUAAUUACUCACACUCAUUUCGUUUGGUCAUCUUCAGAACACAUAUUAAGAUAUCAGCGGUCAACGUUAAUUUUAUGAAGCUAUGAGAUAAAUCUUUGUGCACAAAAAAAGCAAAAAUAACAACGUGUUAAAUGAUUCUUUAAUUUUUUAAUGAAGUCGUAUUUUUAUAACCUUUCUGGGCCUUGUACGUGAAGGGUCAGAGAGCUCUCGGAUUUCAUCAAAGAUACUUUAAUUUGUGUUCUGAAGAUGAACGAGUCAUUAAUGACAGAAUCUUCAUUUUUGGGUGAACUAUCCCUUUAAGAACUGAUCACUGAAAGGUUGUUUGGGGAACCAAAAAUGGAAAACCCCUUUUAGGAUUCUUAUUUUUUUUAAAGAGUGUAUAGAUAAACAGGGGUCUAAUUCAUAACACUAACAAAAGUGAUUUUGAUUUUGAGUGGAACAUUCAUUAUUGGUUUUACUCUGGAUCGCAUUGAAGGUGUUAACCGCUGUUGAAUACAUCUUGUCAUUUCGAUCCUAAUCAUGAUUAAACAUGCAUUUGAAUUUGUAUUAAACACUGUGCAUUACUGUUUAGUUUCAUGAAAUCACAAUAAACAAUAUUAA